AUGCAUCAUUCUGCGCUCGCCUCUGCGCUCUUGGCUGGCACGGUCGCGGCCUGGCUUCCCCACGACCGUGAUUUGCAGGCCUUUAACCAGACGGCUCGUUUCGAGCAUUUGGGAAAGCGCUUCGAGCCUUCUUUGCAGGAGGGCAUCAACAAGAUUCGGGGAGUCAACUUUGGCGGUUGGCUCAUCUGUGAACGAUGGAUGAUGACAAAUGAAUGGGACAAUGUUAUGGGAUGCUCAGGCACAGAGUCCGAGUUUGACUGCAUGCAAAAGAAUUACCCCGGAGAUAAGCGAGACGCCGGCAACCAGAGAUUCGAAACCCACUGGAAGACAUGGAUCAAUGCCGACAGCGUACAGUCCGCCCACGAUGUCGGCCUGAACACCAUUCGUAUCCCCAUCGGAUACUGGUCGUACACGGACAUCGUCGACAAGGACUCCGAGCCCUUUGCCGACGGCGACAAGAUGUUGCCUUACCUGGAUGCGGUAGUUCAGAGGGCUGCUGACCUUGGCAUGUACGUCAUCAUGGACUUGCAUGGUGCCCCCGGCGGUCAGCAAGAAGAUGUCUUUACGGGCCAGAACAACGCUCCCGCGGGCUUCUACAACGACUACGACUUUGAGCGUGCCGAGGAAUGGGUGUCGUGGAUGACGAAGCGCAUUCAUUCCAACCCUGCAUACUCCACCGUGGGUAUGAUUGAGGUUCUCAACGAGCCCGUCUCGAUGCAUGACAAGGACAACCGAUACCCUGCGCCAGGUCAAGUCCCCGGGCUUGUGCAAAAAUAUUACCCUGGUGCACUAAAGGCUGUUCGCGACGUAGAAGCUUUGCUUAAUGUCCCCGAAGACAAGAAGCUUCAUGUGCAGUUCAUGUCCAGCAAAUGGGACUCUGGCAACCCUCGCGACAACUCUGACGUUGCCAGCGACAAGUCCACUGCUUAUGACGACCACAACUACAUUGGCUUUGCUCUAGGAGACAACAAUGGCGACCAGUCUGCUCUCAUGCGCAGUGCCUGCACGGAUGACCGUGUCGUUGACGGCCAGGAUUUCGCCAUCACUGGUGAAUGGAGCAUGACUUCAGAUGUCGACCCCGACGAUGCCGACUUUUUCAAGAAGUUUUUUACUGCCCAGCAACAGCUGUACGAGAAGCCAGGCAUGAGCGGCUGGGUCUACUGGACUUGGAAGACGGAACUGAAUGAUCCUCGAUGGACGUACUCUGAUGCUACUGCUCGCAAGUUGGUUCCUACCGACGCUGCGGGGCUUGAGAAGAAUGUAUAUCAGGAUUUUCCAACGGCAUACGAUGGCAUCAUUGCCGCGGCCCCCGCUCUCUACUGGGCCGGUCUCGCCGUCGGUUGCAGCUGGUAUUUCUUCUACAUGGACCUCACUGAGCAAUUACCUCGCGGCUGCGAACUCAACUAUCUCACGUCUCAGGCCAUUGGCGUGUGCGACGGACUUGACGACGGGCCCACUGGUCGAGAAACCUUGGCCUUUUGGUACGCAUACUACGUCCAGCGGGAUCCAUACUCGAAUAUUACGACUCUCACGCACAGCCAGUACGUCGACUCGUUCCGUACUCUUCUCAAGGUCUUUGCUGCUUCCAUGGAAGCCGCCGAGCCUGGCCUCUUUGACUUUGCAAAUGCCGGCGGAAAGAUGAUUACCUUUCACGGGCUCGCGGACCCGUCCAUUACUCCUGGUAGCACUCUACAUUACUACCAGCGAGUCAACGCGACAGUCGGCAACGUAACUGACUUUUAUCGCUACUAUCGAGUCCCUGGUCUCGGCCAUUGCUGGGGAGGCAAUGGCGGCCAGCCCGUGGCAUUGUUUGAUCAGUUGCGCCUCUGGGUUGAAAAUGGUACUGCGCCCAUUGUCAGUCCUGUCGAAAUCGCCUGGACAAGUAACUCGACGCGACAAGAGAUCAUCUGUCCAUACCCGCAGCGAGCCAUCUAUCAACAGAAUUGUUCGGUCCAAGAGACUGAAUCGUAUGGCUGCUGGUUUGUGAAUAAGGACUGCUGA